CUGCCAUCUCCUGGUAUGACGAGUUCCAGAGGCUCUACGACACAAUCCCUUGUGUGGAAGUGCAGGCCCUGAAGGAACACAAUGACCAGGUUUUGCACCUCAGCUUCUCCCACUCUGGCUGUUUGUUUGCAUCAUGCUCCAAGGACUGCACUGUCAAGAUCUGGAGCAAUGAGCUGGACAUCUCCCUGCAGCACAGCUCCAACAUGAGGCCGUACAACUGGAGCUACACGCAGUUUUCUCAGUUCAAUGCUGACGACUCCCUCCUCCUGGUGUCAGGUGUUUUUGUGGGGCCUCACAACUCCUCCUCAGGAGAGAUUGCUGUAAUCAGCAUGGAGAACUUCACUCUGCUCUCCAGGGUGAGGAAUAAACCCUAUGAUGUGUUUGGCUGCUGGCUGAAUGAAACCAACUUGAUCUCUGGCAAUCUGCAUCGGAUUGGGCGUAUAACCUCCUGUUCCGUGCUGUGGCUGAACAACGCUUUCCAGGGCAUCGAGUCCGAGAACGUGAAUGUGGUGAAGAGACUGUUCAAAAUCCAGAACCUGAACGCCAGCACUAUCCGGACCGUGAUGGUGGCUGACUGCAGCCGGUACGAUUCUCCGGACCUGCUCCUGGACUACGAGGAGCAGCUAGCAGCUUCCUCCACCUGCCCAGUCUUUGAUCUUGGUAGCGACAGCGAGGAAGAGGCAGCCAAGCCCAAGCAGACUCCGGAGCCAGCAGUACAGGAAUUGCCAGAUGAAGGGGGUGUGCCAGCAGAGGACGGGCUGCAGCAGUUCUUUGAUGAUAUCAUGGAGGGCUGCGUGAGGCCCGCCAUGACCGAGACAGAGCUGGAGACAAAGGUGGCCGAGCUGUUUGUACGCAACAGAACUAAACCUCCUGAGCUGAACCUGCUCUCCACAGACAGCAACAGCAAGACAAAAUACUUAAUCUUCACUACAGGAUGCCUCACCUACUCCCCGCACCAGAUAGGGAUCAAAAGGAUCCUGCCCCAUCAGAUGACAACUGCUGGGCCGGUGCUUGGGGAGGAGAGGCGCUCAGAUGAGUUCUUUGAUUCACUGGAUCACGUCAUCGACAUCCACGGGCACAUCAUUGGCAUGGGCCUCUCCCCAGACCACAGGUGA